GCUAACACAGUAAUCAGGUAAUACUAAUUGUUAAUGGGUUGUUGCAUUCUGAUUUGACAGGCCAUGUGAAUAUCUUAUCAUCUUUACCAUACAGUCAUACAGUAUAAAAACUGAAUAAUGAAUCCAUUAAUAAUAAAUGGAGCAUAUUCUGUCAUUUGCUUUCUUGUGACACUCAAAGCCAUUCCGUCAUUUAUGAGUUUAUUCGUCGAUGCAAACCUGUUUGGACGUGAUAUGAACAAAACUUCAAAAGAAAAGGUUCCUGAAGCACUGGGUGUGAUUUGUGGUGCUAUAUUUCUUAUAACUAUGUUCUUAUUUAUUCCAAUUCCUUUCGUGAAUCAAUCAAAAACUUUAUCUGAACUGGAUUUUAAUCACAGGGAUUUCAUCCAGUUUAUUGGAGCAUUGCUUGCAAUUUGUUGUAUGGUAUUUCUUGGAUUUGCAGAUGAUGUAUUGAACUUGAAAUGGCGACACAAACUCACUUUACCUACUAUGGCAUCAUUGCCGUUAUUAAUGGUUUAUUACACCAAUAUUAGCAACACUAUCAUUAUUGUGCCAAAACCACUUCGAUUUGCAAUAGGAAGAGAACUUGAUUUGAGUCUUCUCUACUAUGUUUAUAUGGGGAUGCUAGCCGUGUUCUGUACAAAUGCAAUCAAUAUAUUAAGUGGUAUAAAUGGGUUGGAAGCUGGCCAGUCUGUGGUUAUUGCGAUCUCCAUAAUCAUUCAUAAUUUACUUGAACUUGAUGGAGUUGUGGCAGCAAACCAUGUGUUCUCAUUGUAUUUUAUGCUGCCUUUCCUUGGCACAACACUAGCACUGCUAUAUUACAAUUGGUAUCCUUCAAAAGUUUUUGUGGGCGAUACUUUUUGCUACUUUGCUGGGAUGACAUUUGCAGUUGUUGGAAUCCUUGGACAUUUCAGUAAAACCAUGAUUUUAUUUUUCAUUCCACAAGUUCUUAAUUUCUUGUAUUCUGUCCCGCAAAUAUUUGGAUUCAUACCUUGUCCUCGACAUAGAUUACCAAGGUAUGAUGCAGAACUGGGAAAAGUCAACAUGAGUUAUGCAAAGUUCAAGCCAACAGAGAUAAAACCAUUAGGAAGUUUAUUCUUAAAUAUCUGUGAAACUUUUGGAUUAGUUCGAGUUGUACGUAAUACAGGAGAAGACGGUUCCUAUAUAGAAUGCAAUAACCUGACACUUGUCAAUUUUUUUCUAAAAUUUUUGGGACCGAUGCAUGAGCGAACUCUGACUGUUCUACUUUUAUUGUUUCAAAUAUUUUGCACUUGUAUUGCUUUUUUCAUAAGGUAUCAUAUUAGCACAUUUUUCUAUGAUCAAUGUUAAUCUUCACAUAGUAUGGAUUUUGUUUUUAGAAAAUAAUUUUUUUUGCAUUGAGAUAUUUGCAACGAAGCAAUCAUAAUUAUUGAGCAAAUGAGGUUAUUAUUUUGGUAUUAAUAAUAUUCAAUUGAUCAGGAUUUCACAUCGUUUGAUUUCUUAUACCUAAAAACAUAUAUGAGAUAUAUUGGGUGUAUGGCUUGAGAUGAGAUUGUAGUUCCUAGAAAUUUAGAACAACUUUGAGAAUAAAAAAUUAAAUCUGUCCUUCAGUGUAAAUGUAUAAUUACCGUAAUUAGCUGACUUUUCAAACUUAAAUCAUAAAUGAAACUCGUGGAGUCCUUUACUACACCUCAUGUGACACAUUCCCUAAGUUGGAAAACAUUAAUCAAAGUUUAUGUGUGGGUGACACUGCCCUCCGAUCAUUCUGGAUGUUGACAAUUUGAUAGUUUGCUAGACCCAGAAUAUUUGCAAGUUGUUGAGGGGAUCACAUUAAAAUCAGCUGAGAAAAGCUGAGCUUUUUGCUUGUUUCCACUGUAUCACGCCCAGUAGUUGAAAAUUAUGUUGUCUGGCAAUCAUGAAUUUAAUUUGAGCCAUCAUGCUACAAAAGGUUGACUUAUACCAAAUAUCUCCUAAAAUUAGGGUUCAGUUCACACAUUUGAAUAGACACAAUUUUUCUUUGAACAGAAAUUUCCUAUUAGUCUUGUAUAUCAAGGUCAACAAAAUUUCAAAAGUUAUUUUCGAUGGUGAAUUUUUAAUCUCAAUUUUCUGUCUGAUAUGUUUUUUGUCUCAAGACGAGGCCUUAUGAAAUGUAGAUUUUGUACUCUUUAUUUAGCUAGUGAAUUGCAGUAGUAACAUUUUUAUCACAUGCAAUAAAUUAUUAUAAAGAUAAA